UAUUUAUGUGUCAAUUGUUUGCCAUUUGUUUUGAAUUUGCUUUGCGUUUGAUUUUCGUCUUAACUGAAGACUAUCAUCAAUACAAUGGAUGAUGACUUUGAGUAUCAGUUGGCACAAGAAAAGGCUGAAAAUGUGGCCAAAAGUCAAGUGAAGACACGCAUUGAUCCGAAAGAUGGCACCGAAUAUGAGUGGAACGAGCCGUUGAAAGCCUGGUUCCCGAAGAUUGACGACGACUUCAUCGCUAAAUACCAGUCUUCUUACGGCAAUUUUACUGACAAUUCACAAAUUAGUGAAGAACCGGGUUUUAGUGGACACAACCUGACUGUGACCUCAGAUAACAAUCAACCACAACAAACAUCAAACAACUCCAAUGAUUAUGAUUUAUCGGCUAAUGUGACCAACAAUGGUAUCAAUAAAAUAACGGACAAUAAGAAGCCUUUUGUAUCGAAAUUGUUGAACAAACGUAAAGAAGAAGAAGAGAAACAAGAAUGGUUUGAUGUCGACGAUGAACACAACACCAAAGUCUAUGUCAGUAAUCUUCCAUUGGAUACGACUGAAGAAGAAUUUGUCGAAUUAAUGAAGAAAUGUGGAUAUAUUGAAAAGGAUGACAUGAAUCAGUUUAAGAUUAAGUUAUAUAAGGAUUCAAACGGACAACUGAAGGGCGACGGCUUGUGUACGUACCUGAAGAUCGAGUCGAUUCCAUUGGCGCUCAGCAUUCUUGAUGAAUAUGUCUUCAAAGACAAGACAUUACAUGUGGAAAGAGCGAAGUUUUCACUCAAAGGAGAUUACAAUCCAUCACUGAAACAAAAAAGAAAGAAAAAAGACAAACAAAAGGAGAAAAAGAAGAUCGAAAGACUUCUUGAUUGGAGACCAGAGAAGAUAACCGUUGAGCGACCAAAAAGUGAGAAAACAGUUAUUAUUAAGAAUAUGUUUGAUCCGAAAGAGUUUCUCGAAGAACCCAAACUAAUACUUGAAUACAGAAGUGAUUUGAGAGAUGAAUGCACAGAAAAGUGUGGAUCUGUUAAAAGAGUUGAUAUUUAUGAUUGUCAUCCCGAAGGUGUUGCCGCCAUUGUCUUUAAUGAGUUUGAAGGCGCCGAACAAUGCGUCCAACUAAUGAAUGGCCGGUUUUUUGCCGGUCGACGACUUACUGCUUGCCAUUGGGACGGAAAGACUAGAUAUAAGAUUGAAGAAACAGAAGAAGAAGCGGAAAAACGUAUCAAACAAUGGGAUGAAUUCCUCGAAAGGGAUAACUAAUUCAUUUAUUAAUUAC